AUGACCAUUCAGCAUGCACAACCAAAAAUAAGAAUUGCAAUCGAUAGGGGUGGUACUUUUACCGAUUGUAUAGCUAACCCAGGUACAAACGAUGAAAAAGAUGAUAUUGUUUUAAAAUUGCUAUCUGUAGACCCUAAAAACUAUUCAGAUGCGCCCUUAGAAGGUAUUAGGAGAAUUUUGGAAAAAAUCAAUAAUGUUGAAAUCAAAAGAAAUUCAAAAUUGGAUAUUUCUAAUGUCAAGAGUAUUAGAAUUGGUACUACUUUAGCUACAAAUUGUGCAUUGGAAAGAAAUGGGGAAAGAUGCGCCUUAAUCACUUCCAAGGGCUUUAAAGAUUCUCUAUUGAUUGGCGAUCAAACAAGACCAAAUAUAUUUGAUUUAAAUAUUAAAAAGAUAAAACCGUUAUAUGAUAUAGUAGUAGAAUGUAAUGAAAGAAUCACCCUUGAAGAUUAUUCAGAAGAUCCUUAUAUGGUUAAAUCAAUUCCAAACGCUAUAAAGAAAAACACUUUUCAAGGUAUCAGUGGUGAAAUUAUUAGAGUAUUACAAAAGCCAAAUCCGGAGGAAAUUUAUCAAAUUUUAAAACCAAUCCAUGAUAUGGGUAUUGAAUCAUUAGCAAUUGCCUUCAUGCAUUCAUAUACGUUUAAUAAACACGAAUUGAUAGUGAGAGAAAUUGCAAGAGAUAUAGGAUUCAAACAUAUUACUUUAUCUUCAGAAGUCUCUCCUAUGAUUAAAUUUUUACCAAGGGCUAAUAGUACAGUGGUGGAUGCAUAUUUAACUCCUGUUAUUAAAAAAUAUAGAGACGAUAUAUCAAAUGGUUUAAUGAAUGUUCAUAAUUCCAAUAUUCAAUUUAUGCAAUCAGAUGGUGGUUUAGUAGAUGGCUCUAAAUUCUCAGGCUUAAAAUCUAUUCUAUCUGGACCUGCUGGAGGUGUAGUUGGAUAUUCACAAACAUGUUAUGAUCCAAUUAAAAAUAAGCCAUUAAUUGGAUUUGAUAUGGGGGGAACUUCUACGGAUGUAAGUAGAUUCGGUGAUGGGAAAUUAGAACAUGUAUUUGAAACUACUACUGCAGGGAUAUUAAUUCAAUCACCACAAUUAGAUAUUAAUACCGUUGCUUCAGGUGGAAGUUCCAAGUUAUUUUGGGAAAAUGGGUUAUUUAGAGUUGGUCCAGAAUCCGCUGCAGCAGAUCCGGGUCCAGCUGCAUAUAGAAAAGGUGGUCCAUUAACUAUUACUGAUGCUAAUUUAUUCCUGGGAAGAUUAAUCCCAGAGUUCUUCCCUAAGAUUUUUGGUCCAAAUGAAAAUGAAUCAUUAGAUCUAGAGAUUACUGCAAAAAAAUUUAAAAGUUUGACUACUGUAAUUAAUCAAGACUUAAAUUCAAAUAUGACUGCUGAAGAAGUUGCUUAUGGAUUCAUCCAAGUGGCAAAUGCGACAAUGGCAAGACCUAUUCGUGCAUUAACUGAAUCAAAAGGCCAUAUCGUAUCCAAUCAUAGAUUAGUUAGUUUUGGAGGUGCUGGUGGGCAACAUGCAAUCUUUGUGGCAGAAUUACUGGGUAUAAAAGAAGUUUUAAUUCAUAGAUAUUCUUCAAUAUUAUCAGCUUAUGGUAUUUUCUUAGCAGAUGUUGUCGAAGAAAUUCAAGAGCCAUGUUCUCUUUAUUUAAAAGACGAAAAUAUUGAGAUACUAAAUGAAAAAUUUUUAGAUUUAAUGAACACAGCAAUUAAAAAUUUUUCUAAUCAAGGUAUUAAUGAUAAUAACGCUGUUGUUUUCGAGAAAUAUUUAAAUUUAAGAUAUGAGGGGGCAGAAACCGCUCUAAUGAUAAAUCAAAUAGAUAAUAGAUGGGAUUUUGUGGAAAGAUUUUCACAAUGUCAUAAAAGAGAAUUUGGAUUUGCUUUUGAAAAUAGAAAUAUAAUCGUAGAUGACGUAAGAGUAAGGGCUAUUGCAAAAUCAAAUAUAAGAAACCAAGAAUCAAUUGAUACUCAACUAGAAAAUUAUAAGAGCAAUGAGAGCUUUAAGGAGACCGAUAUUCAAAAUUACGUUUCAUUUUAUAAAAAAGUUUAUUUGAACAAUAAUUGGAUUAACACACCAGUCUUUGAUAUCAAAAACAUUCCAAUUGGUACCAAAAUUGAUGGACCUGCUAUCUUGGCUGAUAAUACUCAAACAAAUAUUAUACCUUCAAAUUCAAAAGCAGUUAUAUUAAAUUCACAAAUUUUUGUCGAAAUCUUGGAUUCUUCAUUGAAGAAUGAUUCUAUUCAGAAUAGUAAAGAAAUUGACCCUAUAUUAUUGUCAAUAUAUGGUAAUAGAUUCAUGGAUAUCGCAGAACAGAUGGGUGUCCAAUUAAGAAAAACAUCCACAUCAACAAACAUUAAAGAAAGGUUAGACUUUUCAUGCGCAUUAUUUGAUCCUGAAGGUAAUCUAGUUGCUAAUGCACCACAUGUUCCUGUACAUUUAGGUUCAAUGUCUACUUGCAUUACUGCCCAAACUAAGAUUUGGAAAGAUAAAUUAAGGCCUGGGGAUGUAAUUUUUACAAACCAUCCUGAUGUUGGUGGAACACAUUUACCAGAUAUCACUGUAAUUUCUCCUGCUUUUGGUAAAGAUGGAAAGAUAAUGUUUUAUGUGGCCUCAAGGGCACAUCAUGCAGACAUUGGUGGAAUCUUACCAGGUUCUGUACCUCCAAAUUCAAAGGAAUUAUAUGAAGAGGGAGCCGCUAUAUAUUCUGAAUUAUUGGUCAAAGGGGGUAAAUUUCAAGAAGAUUUAGUCUAUCAAUUAUUUGUUGAGGAGCCUGCCAAAUAUCCUGGGUGUAGUGGAGCAAGAAGAAUAACUGAUAAUAUUAAUGAUCUUAAGGCCCAAGUUGCUGCAAAUACUAAAGGUAUACAACUAAUUGACCAAAUGGUUUCUAACAGUAGUUACAACAUAAUCCUAAAAUAUAUGAAUGCUAUUCAAGCUAAUGCUGCAUCAACUAUUAAAAAGAUGUUGAAACAGUUAUCUCAACACUUCAAUAAAGAUGAAUUUUCUGGUGAAGAUUAUAUGGAUGAUGGUAGUUUGAUUAAAUUAAAAGUGAAGUUGGAUAUUAUCAAUGAAAAAUAUACCUUUGAUUUUACAGGUACAUCACCUCAAAUCUAUGGUAACACUAACGCUCCAAUUGCCAUUACCUAUUCUGCGAUUCUAUAUUGUUUAAGAUGUUUGGUUGGUGAAGAUAUUCCUUUAAAUCAAGGGUGUUUAGAACCAAUUAAUGUAAUUGUACCACAAAACAGUAUUCUUUGUCCUGGAUCUGGUGUUGCUGUUGUUGGCGGUAACGUUUUAACAUCACAAAGGGUAACAGAUGUGAUUUUCAAAACUCUCAAUGUAAUGGCUGAUUCUCAAGGUGAUUGUAACAAUUUCACCUUUGGGAUUGGAAACAGUAAACAUGCAAAGACUGGAAAAGCGUUACAUGGGUUUGGUUACUAUGAAACCAUAUGUGGUGGGAGUGGUGCUGGUUCUGAUUCCUGGAGAGGACCCGGAUGGGAUGGUACCAGUGCAGUUCAUACUAAUAUGACUAAUACUCGUAUGACUGAUCCAGAAAUUCUAGAAAGGAGGUAUCCAGUAAUUUUAAGGGAUUUUUCAAUUAGAAAAGAUUCUAGAGGUAGGGGGAAAUUCUCUGGUGGAAAUGGUGUAGUUAGGGAUAUCGAAUUUCGUACAGAAGUCAGUGCUUCAAUACUAUCAGAACGUCGUGUAAUUCCACCUCAUGGGUUAAAUGGUGGUGAAAAUGGCGGGAGAGGUGAAAAUAUGUGGUUUAGGAAAGAAUCAUCUUCAAUUGUUAAUAUUGGAGGGAAAAAUACAUUCUUAGCAAAGCCUGGAGAUCGAAUUAUAAUUAAGACGCCUGGUGGUGCAGGGUAUGGAAACUUGGAAAAGAAUAUUAACGCGUAA